AUGUCCGAGCCGAGACCAUCCAACGAUAACAAUGAGUCCAGACAGCCUGCCUCCACGCCGCUCCGCCGAGAACGAGCGCCCACCAUAACAAUCGACACUUCGGCCGUCACCUCCUCGGACCAACCCCAACCUCCCCAAGUCGAUGUUCCAUCGCAGACUUCGCAGUCACGGUCUGCCAACAAUGCUGAUCACACAGACACCAGCAUGCUCCUGAACAGUAAUACGGUCUCUCCUUCGGAUACCCGCUCAGCUCACUCAGUACGAUCAUAUGCUUCGUCAGAGGGCAGAGAGCACGAUAGCAGGCCAACCUCGCCGUCGCCUCGCAGCAACGCCUUUUCACCCAGUACAAAAAUGGGAGAUCCAAUGGUUCAUUCUAAUUACCUCUCCGUACCGGGUGCCAGGUCUCGCGGAAACUCCAUCGAGUCUGAGGACUCGAGUCAGAUUAAUGGAGCCGAAUCACACCCAAAUGGAAGGAAUGGGUCGCCUUCUAAUUCAGCGAAGACUACGCUCGAAAACUACGAGGAAGCUCUCCAGCCGGACCCGGGCCAUGAAGCGGAAUUUGAGGUCGAGAACAACAGCUUCGCGUUCUCGCCCGGGCAGCUGAACAAAUUGUUGAACCCCAAGAACCUUGGCGCAUUUUACGCUCUUGGCGGCCUUGCUGGUCUUGCAAAAGGUCUGCGAACCGAUGCGCGCAGCGGUCUGGGCUUGGAUGAAACCGAGUUGGACGGCACCGUGAGUUUCGAAGAUGCGACGGCCUCAAGCAAUAAUCACCAGUCCCUGCCUAAACCUGCCGCCGAAUCGCCGCCCCCAGAACCGUCUCAAGCGGAUAAUAAAACACACAAACAGGACGAAAAUGCCUACUCUGACCGCAAGCGCGUAUUCGGAGAGAACAAACUCCCUGAGAAGAAGACCAAAAGUAUUCUCGAACUCGCCUGGCUCGCGUACAAUGAUAAAGUGCUCAUCCUGUUGACGGUGGCCGCCAUUAUUUCGCUCGCCCUCGGAAUUUACCAAUCCGUUACUGCAAAGCCUGGCGAGCCGCGGGUACAAUGGGUUGAGGGUGUUGCCAUCAUCGUCGCGAUUCUGAUCGUUGUGGUCGUCGGUGCAGCCAACGACUGGCAGAAGGAACGCCAAUUCGUCAAACUAAACAAGAAAAAGGAAGAUCGUCUGGUCAAGGUGAUUCGGUCUGGGAAGAUGACUGAGAUUUCCAUCCAUGAUCUCCUCGUGGGUGAUCUCAUGCAUCUAGAACCUGGCGAGCUUGUUCCGGUUGAUGGCAUUUAUAUCGGAGGCCAUAAUGUGAAAUGCGAUGAAUCUUCCGCCACCGGUGAAUCAGAUGUGCUGCGCAAGACGCCGGCUCAGGACGUCUUCGCUGCCAUUGAACGACAUGAGAAUCUCGCCAAAAUGGACCCGUUCAUCGUCUCUGGUGCCAAGGUGUCGGAAGGUGUGGGUACAUUCUUGGUUACGGCUGUUGGUGUGAACUCGACUUACGGCAAGACGAUGAUGUCUCUUCAAGAUGAGGGCCAGACCACACCACUGCAGACAAAGCUGAACAUCCUCGCGGAAUACAUUGCUAAACUGGGUCUGGCUGCUGGUCUACUGCUUUUCGUUGUCCUGUUCAUCAAGUUCCUCGCCCAGCUGAAGAGCCUUGGCAACGCCGAUGAGAAGGGUCAGGCUUUCUUGCAAAUCUUCAUCGUGGCCGUGACUGUCAUCGUAGUUGCCGUUCCAGAAGGGUUGCCCCUGGCUGUUACACUUGCGCUUGCGUUCGCUACGACUCGUAUGCUGAAGGACAACAACCUGGUUCGUUUGCUUAGGGCAUGUGAAACAAUGGGAAAUGCGACAACUAUCUGUUCGGAUAAAACGGGUACUCUUACGGAAAACAAGAUGACUGCCGUUGCAGCAACGUUAGGCACCAAAACCAAGUUUGGAGGGAAAUCCCAGGCGUCGUCACCCACAAGCGGUAACGAGGAUCGCCCUGCCGAUUCUGGGAAUGCGUUGUCCCCUUCUGAGUUUGCGUCGAGUCUUUCGAAACCAGCCAAAGAGCUUCUCCUCGAUUCGAUCGUCCUCAAUUCGACCGCCUUCGAGGGAGAACAGGAAGGGACCACGACAUUUAUUGGAUCUAAAACCGAGACAGCCCUCCUCGGCUUCGCGCGGACAUACCUCGGACUAGGAUCGCUUAGUGAGGCGCGUGACAAUGCGAGUAUUGCUCAGAUGGUGCCGUUCGAUUCUGGUCGCAAGUGUAUGGCUGUCGUGGUCAAGAUCGACAACGGAAAGAAGUAUCGCAUGCUAGUCAAAGGCGCAUCUGAGGUUUUGCUGGCCAAAUCGACCAGGAUUGUUCGUGACCCUACUCAGAGUCUUGAGGAAGGGCCUCUGGAUGACAAGGAUCGUUCCAAACUUGACGAGACCAUCAACAACUACGCUACUCAGUCUUUGCGAACCAUCGGCCUCGUCUAUCGCGACUUCACCGAGUGGCCCCCUCGAGGAGCACCUACGCAAGAAGAAGAUCGGUCGCUUGCUGCAUUCGAUCCCAUCUUCAAAGACAUGGUCAUGUUCGGCGUUUUCGGUAUUCAGGAUCCCUUGCGAGCCGGAGUCACGGAAUCAGUUGAGCAGUGUCAGCGCGCAGGUGUUUUUGUGAGAAUGGUUACUGGAGACAACAUCGUUACUGCGAAAGCAAUUGCCCAAGAAUGUGGUAUCUUUACUCCUGGUGGUGUUGCCAUUGAAGGGCCCAAGUUCAGAAAGCUCAGCAGUCGCCAGAUGACGCAGAUUAUCCCACGUCUGCAGGUUCUCGCCAGAUCCAGUCCGGAUGAUAAGAAGAUCCUUGUUUCUCAGCUUAAGAAACUCGGUGAGACCGUCGCCGUGACUGGAGAUGGAACAAACGAUGCUCAAGCUUUGAAGACUGCGGAUGUUGGUUUUUCCAUGGGAAUCACAGGAACAGAGGUUGCGAAGGAGGCGUCAGACAUUAUCCUGAUGGAUGACAACUUUGCUUCUAUUGUAAAGGCUAUGGCUUGGGGAAGGACUGUCAACGAUGCGGUGAAGAAGUUCUUGCAGUUCCAAAUCACGGUCAACAUCACGGCCGUCCUGCUCACAUUUAUCUCUGCUGUGGCCAGUGGCGACGAGGAAUCCGUGUUGACUGCAGUUCAGCUUCUGUGGGUCAACUUGAUUAUGGAUACCUUCGCCGCGCUCGCUCUCGCCACGGACCCCCCGUCACCCUAUGUUCUCAACCGUCGACCUGAACCAAAAUCUGCGCCUCUCAUCAACAUGACGAUGUGGAAGAUGAUGAUCGGGCAAAGCAUAUACCAGCUGGUCGUCACACUCGUUCUUAACUUUGCUGGGAGAUCUAUAUUGAAAGGUAUCAUCGACUUCAAUGGUGAUGAAGAUGCAAACACUGUCCUUACUACGGUGGUGUUCAAUACGUUCGUCUGGAUGCAGAUAUUCAACCAGUGGAACUCUCGCCGCUUAGAUAAUGGGCUCAACAUCUUCGACGGUCUUUUCCGCAACCGGUGGUUCAUCGGCAUCCAAUUCAUUAUUGUUGGCGGUCAGAUUUUGAUCAUCUUCGUUGGUGGACAUGCCUUCUCCGUUACACGCCUCUCGGGAGCGCAAUGGGCAGUUUGCCUUAUCCUGGGUGUGAUUUCUCUGCCGGUUGGUGUGAUAAUACGACUGAUUCCGGAUGAAUUUCUUCGCAAGCUCAUCCCGACCUUCCAUCGCAAGAAGCGCCCGGAGCUUAUUGUUUCUGAUGAAGACAGACGUUUUGAGUGGAACCCUGCCCUCGAGGAAAUCCGAGACCAGUUGAAGUUCUUCAAGUCUCUUCGUGGAGGUCGCCUAAGGAAGGUGGCUCACAAGCUGCAGCAUCCUCAAGAACUCCUCCCUCGGUCUCGCAGUGGAUCAAGAUCGCGCGAGAACUCUGCUCCGGGAACUCCCGUUGGCGACAGCAGCGAAGGCACUCCGCCGUUUCCUGCGACACCUGAAUCCCGUUCAAGGAAGCGCACGCGUUCCCGCUCGAACUCGGCCUUUGGUCCGGCGGCUGCAAUGGCGGGUAUUGUGGCAGGCAGUAUCGCUGGCUGGUCUCCGAUUGAGCGCCCCGGAGAAGGAGAGGCGUUCAAGUUUGACUUCAAUAACAAUGGCAAUGGAGGGCGGAACAGGCAACCGGGCAUCGAAGUCCACCCGGACACUGCUCCGGAUGACAACAUCAUUGGUGAUUACGCAGCAACGUCGACAACCCCUCCGAGCCAGAACCCUGACCUGAUCCCAUUCUUUGAACACGCUCCCCCGGCGCGGGAACCGUCACACCGAAGUAGACGAUCCAGAUCACGAUCCAGCCAAAGCCAAUCAUGA